AUGGAGAACAUUACGAUGAGCCUCAGCGACUACGAUGAAAGCCAGGGUGUUAUCGUUGCCAAGGGAGUGUCUAUGGCAGUUCUAUUCUGUGCAUCCAUGCUCUGUGGUAUUGUUCCUAUGUUGCUCGCGAAACGGUUCCGAUGGAUAACUCCAAAUGAAGCCGAAAACCUUAAGUCCUCUAAUAGAAUUGUGGCUUCACUUCUCUCGUUUGGAGGAGGAGUUCUAUUGUGUACCACCCUCAUGCACCUUUUACCAGGAGUGAACUACAACAUCGACCAACUAGUUGCUGAAGGCUACAUGAAGAAUUUAGACCUUCCUCUAGCUUCUCUACUUAUGUGCAGUGGAUUUUUCAUCAUGUAUCUCGUAGAAGAGUUAGUACACAUGUACCUAGAUCACAGAGAGAAGAGCAACAGUUCAGUAGCACCUUUGGUUCGAAACCUCAGUAUUAGGAGGAGCAACAGGACUGAAGAAAAUGGCGUACAGAGUGUCACCAAUUCUACAUCAGACCUCAUUGACCCCUCAUCUAUUACUAAGGGAAAGGACAUCGAAGUCAACAACGCUGACCACAGUCAUGGGCAUAGCCACGCUAAUGGCCAUAGUCAUAUGCCCAUCAAUGAUGUGGAUAACGUAACGGCUGCCCUCCGUGGACUUCUGAUUGUACUUGCCCUAUCUAUACAUGAACUGUUUGAAGGCCUUGCCGUAGGCUUGGAAUCCAGUACAUCAAAUGUAUGGUAUAUGCUUGGAGCGAUUUCUGCACACAAACUUGUCAUAGCCUUUUGCAUUGGUGUAGAGUUGAUUGCAACUCGUACUAAGACUUAUUUGGCCAUCAUUUACAUUACCACAUUUGGCAUAGUAUCUCCACUUGGUAUUGGAAUUGGUAUACUAAUGGUUGGGGGAAAGGGAGCCACUGCAGCAGGUUCCUAUUCCGUCAUACUACAAGGCCUGGCGUCUGGAACCUUGUUAUAUGUUAUUUUCUUCGAAAUCUGGAAGGGCGACAGAUCCGGAAUUUUGCAAUACAUAGCUGCAUUGUUCGGCUUCGGUUUGAUGUUUGGAUUGCAGUUAAUAAUGCCUCACUCUCAUUCUCAUGGCGAAGACGAACCUGACCUCUCCUACAAUGAAAACGGAACAGACCAUUGA